ACUGAGUGAAUAGGAAGCUGUCAUGGCGUCGCCCACUCCCUUAUCUCCCUCCUGCAAACUUAAAAGUUACCAAACUGGUUGAGAGAGACGCUCACUGACUGCAAACACGAUUAUUUUUGAUGAUGUUGACGUGAAAUAACCAGCUACAGAUGAUACUGGUAAACGCCUUGGACAGACAACAUGGCCGUGCACAAUGUUUGGAAAACUGCAGCGCCAUGACAAAACUCUCUGCAAAAUAACUCACAGUUUCAGUUUCAUUUCUCCCGAAAAGGCGUCAUCUCUGUUCUUCAUCUCCCUCUAAACUGUCGUAGAUUCAGUUCGCCUCCUUUAACCACAGAGAGCAGUCAUUAUGCAGAAGGAAAAGUCUUCAAAAAGCAGGUAAAUACUCCGUCAAAGGUGAUAUUAGACAGGUGAAUCAUAUUUUAACAAGGCUUUGGUCGUUCUGCAGUUCUUUUGGUUCAGUUUCUACUUUUGGAGAGACCAAAGUUAUAUUGAAUGCUCCUAAAAAUCGUGCACAGUCUACUGACUAACCGACUUACCUGGUCAGGCUUCACUGCAAUGACUGAUUCACAGAGACGUUUCAAUUCCUCGAGUUUCAACUUCUGUUUUAGGAUCACUUUGUAAGCUUAUAUUUCACGGUAAAUUGCUGUUUCGUGUCAGUGUCUGCAGCAAGUUCCAAACCUGUAGGUCGUAUACAGAAAUACUUGACAGGUUUCAAUACACUUUAUUAGUUGUAUAAUUUCUAAGAUUCUUACCAUAUUUAUUAUAAUAUGGAAGUAGUAGCAGAAGCUUCAUCAGUUCAGAAUUUUAUUAAACAUUUCUCUAUGGAGUUGAGAAUGAAUGAUGGAACCAAGUUUUGGUGAAAUGUUUUUCAUUGGUGAGCACCUUCACCCAUGCAGUGCUUCUAAAAUAAUCUUCUGUUGUGUAAGUGACCAAUUAUCCAAAUAUAACUUCAUAUACUUUAACUAUUAGCAGUUUCAUCAGCUGUUUCAGAGUGUCAGGAAGACUGGAGCACACCUGGAGGCCAAGUGAAAAUGAACCAAGCGCAAAUUUUAGCAGAAUCAAUGUUGUAUAGUGCUGUGUAUUUAUGAAGAAAAUCUAGCUUAGAUAUUUGCUUUUUCUGUCUGUCAGUUUGAUCCUGUUAUAUGACUUAAAUCCACAUGAACAAAGAGUGUCGAUUCAGUGAGCUCACGGUUAUUGACAACUACCUUUUCUGUCUUGAUCGAACCCCAACCUCCUUCAGUUUAAGAGAUCAUCAACUCUACCACUGAGCCACAUCGGGCCCUUAUGAAUGCUCUUUAAAAAAACUGACAUGAAAAUUGACUUAAUAAAUAAAAAACAGAAGAAGCCAGGAAUUCAUUGUUUAUUGGUUGAUUUUUUAAUCGCCAAAACAGUUGAUAUAAUACUUAUUUUAAAAAAUCAAUUAUGAAUCCCCACUAUUUAUUUUAAUGAUUCUAGAUGAUUCUAUAUCUUGUUAUCAAUGAAAUACCUCAUAUUUUUUCUGAGUAAUGAAAUGAAGAUGAAAAAACCCAAAUUCAUUAGCUGAAAGUUUUUAUUUUUUACCAUUACCUCCAGGAAAAUUCAAAGGGAUGUUUUUCAUUAGACCUCAACAGUCACCAUCAUGAGUUCCUCAUCUAAUAUAUGCAACUGUUUUCUUUAUUGGCAACAGCUGUGGAUUUUCUUUAGCACCACCGAUUGCAUUUAGCCUGGCUACAAAAUCAAACGUGAAGGAGGAAUCUCCAUCUUUAUUUCCAGGUACAACUCUAAGCUGUUCCUUUCCCAGCUAAAAGUCAAAGCUCUGGCAUUAUUUAUGUAUUAGGAAAUCAGUUGGGUGCACAGACUUGGUAGUGGAAUUGCCACAGAGCCCUUCAGAAACAGGAAAAUGAUAGGUUUGUGCUAUCAAAAGCUGUCAUCUAAAAUCAAUUUUUCAGAAAGAAAAAAAAAGAAAAACUGAACCAAGUUGACUCCUGGUAUAAUAGCUCAGUUGUUUAAUUUCUUUGGUGGAUUAUUCAUUUAUAUACAGUAGGAAACAUACUUGUGUGUCCCUCUAUAUCAGGUAUCACACUUUGUGGAUUUAGAGGUUAAGCACAUCUGCACAUUUCUCUUCAUGCAGAAAAAAAACUUAAGUAUUGUGCCAAAGAUGGAGAUAAGCAGCUUUAAGUAUUACUACCACACUCACACUGUUAAUAUAGUUUCCACCAAAGCAUUCAGAGAAGGAAGACAAACUCACCUGGAACAGUUUAAAGACCUGUAAAGAUGAUAAUUGAUCUGUACGUUUUAUAAAACAGUAUGUAUAUUAAUCUUGUCUGUUAUGACAGGUCUCUCAAAGGCUCUUGAACCCGGGGUGGGUGUGCAACAAGGUCUCAACACUGUGGCAGCAACUUCUUCACAAGAUGAAGCAAAGGCCAAACCUUUGUUUUCGUUUUUAGGUAAGAUUUAAGACUGAGCAGGGUAACAGACAAAGGUUCAUCCAGCCACCCAUUAUCUUAACCGCUUAUUGCACAUACUGCGCAUCCUAUUCAGAGUGGGCUGCAGCCCAUCCCUGCUGUCUGAACAACCCUGAAACAGGCUGCCAGUCUUUCACAGGGGUGACAUAGAGACAAAUAACAUUCACAUGCAGUAACACCUACAAGCAAGUUAGACUGAUCAGUCAACCUCACAUGCAUGUCUUUGGACUGUGCAAAGUACCUGCAGAACCUGGAGAGAACCAAACCAUGCCUGUAAAGAAAAGGGUAAAAAAAGUCUCUGCCAAGCCAGGGACUGGAACCAGGAACCUCUUUGAAGCAAGACAAUCAUCACUGGCAGUUAGAGGAAAAGGUGUUUUAUUACUUUUUUUUUUUUUUUUCGUGUUUUUAUUCAUAUUUGCGAACUAGCAAGUGCAGGCAUCCAGUAUCCUUUAUUUAAGUUACCAUAUCAUACAUGUUUCACAGAACAAAAGUGUUAUCAUCUGUUGGUACAGCAUAUGAACUGUCUGUAUUGAAGGAGAGUGUCCUAGAUUUUCAACAUUUCUCCAUCAGUUUCAGUCCUAAUGAUGCCUGUGUAAUGACAGUCUUUCAAAAGACUCCUGAACCAAUCUUUGGGGCUCUGAAACUUGCAUAAUCUAUUUUUGAUCUUUAACUUUGUUACAUCUUCUCAAACUUGCCCUGCAUCUUUGGCCAUCUAACCAUGGAUUUUAUAAAUACAUGUAUCAGUAUUUGAUGGCUUUAUUUUAAAGUAUUUCAUCUUUGAAUACAGUCAAAGAGCUCUAAACUUUGCAUAUACUAUUGAACCUGAACAACUUUUCAACUCUCUUCAGCUAAAAUGUUGACCACUCCAUGGAGAGACGUGACGUGGACAGAGGAGUGAGUAAAAACUGUGAUUUUCUCUAGAAAUUAGAUUUGAUCUGUUAUCAUAACUACACAUUUCUGUUCAUUCAAAGCUUGAAGACACCCUUUUGUUGUCUUAUCCUUACUCCUUGUGUCUAAAUUUUUAAUUCAGGCAGAGGACAAGCCUCAUGGAGAAGCUCAGCUCCUACAGACCUUGUAGUGAGGGGGUCACUCAGGCUCGGGUGCUCCUCCUGGGUCCAGUCGGUUCUGGAAAGUCCAGCUUCAUCAGUUCAGUCCAGUCAGUGUUUAAUGGAAGAGUGACGAAUCAGGCCAUGGUGGGCUCCUCCUCAACCAGCUUCACCAAGAAGGUAAGAAGAGUAUUUCAAACUCUCUUGUGGACAUAGGCUCAAAUUCAGUGUUUUUUUUCCCCCAUACAGACAGUGUCAACUCUACAAGCAAAAUUACAAAGCUCUGCAAUUCUAUCAAAAAGAGUAAAUUCGAAAGAUUUAGAGGGGGGGACUAGAAUUUUAAAAAUGUAAAUACAGACUGUACAUAUUCAAACCUAGAAAAAGCUUUAUGAAAGCAACCUAAAAACUGUUUAGUACAAUCUCAGGGGAAACUUGCUAUCAGCAGGUCUUUUCCAUGAACUCUGAAGUUAUGUUUGUAUCAGCUGCAGUCAUUCAACAUCCGUGGAGAGAAGGAAAAGGGUCCUACUGGUCUGGUGCUGUGCGAUUCUAUGGGUCUUGCAGCCGGAGAGACAACGGGGCUGGCACUCCAUGACAUCCUGUCAAUCAUUAAAGGCCAUGCACCUGAGGGGCACAAGGUGAGCAGUAUGCUUUAGCAGGUAGGGUCUGCAGAGAACAAUGCAAGGCAGUGAUUUUGUCUAAAAUGUCUUACCUGAAUUACACAUAAUCUUGUACAAACUCAGGAGGAAUCGUAGGCUGUGUAAAAAGAUUAAUGGCACAGACAUUUAAGAGCGAUUUCAUUUGGAGCCAAACUCAACUUUCUUGAGCUAAAUAAUUUUUAUCGUCUUUCAUGUGAAACCAAAAGAUUUUUUGGUUGUGGAAAGCAUUUUGCCCUAAAAUAUUUCUCACCGAGUAAAACUGAUCGAGACUGAUAGUACUGGUAUUCUUACUUGUAAAGCUUUGUCAGCAGUGUCUAUAUGUAUAUGCCAAGAUGCAUUAUGCUCCAGCAGCUGCAGCCUGUAGACUGUUAAAAAAAAAAAGCUGGAUGACACCAACAGGCCAAGAGCUCUGCCUACUGACUGGCUGUAGUAGUGCAGGUCUUAAAGCCCGCCUGCUUCAUGUUUGAAGAUGGGUCAAGGAUCAAACCACACAAUUAAAAUGCAGAUCAGAUUUUUUUAAAUUACAAUGGACUUUUUUUUUAUAAAAUAUUGGUAAUGCUUUGAUAUUCUACCUCCAGUACAAUCUUACUACUGGACUAUCAGCACAGACUCAAACCACCCUCUCCACAGUGACUUCAUCCUGCUGCCCUCAGGUCGCAGUCUCAGGACUCUGAGGUGGAAGUGGGCACGCUGCAGUAAGAGCUUUGUCCCUUCUGCAAGCACUGCCCUGAAUAGUCUGCAAAGAAAAUCCAUUGCCUCAUCUGCAUGUGUGUUGUCCUGUGUGCCUUGUCCUUAUUGUUACUACUGUGAUGUCCUGUGUGCCCCUCUGUCCCUUAUCAUGUAACAUGCCUUGUUGUCCUUAAGUCUAUGUGUCCAUGCCAGUGUCUGUCUGUCUGUCUGUCUGUCUGUCUGUCUGUCUGUCUGUCUGUCUGUCUGUCUGUCUGUCUGUCUAAUCUAAUCUAAUCUAAUCUAAUCAACAUUUAACCAGAAAUAGUGUAUUCCUAUCAACCUUAGCUAUGGUCAUGUUACAAUGGUAUGAACAUUUGACAUGCUAACACACAACAUGAGAUGCUUUUAUUUUUAAAUUUGUGAUCUCUUCUUUCUCUCCUCUCAGUUUAGCCCAGACCAGCCGGUGAGGUCAGAGACUGCAGGCUAUGUGAAGAAGCCGAGCCUAAAAGACAAGAUUCACUGUGUUGUUUUUGUAGUGGACGCUGUUAAAAUCCAAAGCUACCCUAAAGGCCUCAGCACCACCUUCCAGCAGCUCCGAGAGCACAUCAGUGACCUGGGUAAGGGUGAACGAGAAGUUAAACACAAACAUUUACUCAGCCAAGCACAUUAAUAUGACUCUGACAGUUAUCGCCGCUCCCACGUUGGUAUGUAUAUUCUUCCUACAAAACUGAAAACAGAAAAUAAGAGUGGUAAUUUUGGGGUCAAAAUGAAAAGCUGUGAUUCAGUCAGUCAGCAAACUGUUGUUUAAUUUUUACAAAUGUCAUUUUUUUUUGUUUUAAGGAAUAAAGAAAAAUACACCAACUAUCAACAUCUUACUCAUGGCAUCUUAUUCUUUAUUUUAGGUGUUCAUCAGGUGGCUCUACUUACCCAUGUUGACCAAGUUUGUUCGGAAACUGCCAAAGACAUCACCAAAGUGUACCAUAGUAGCGUGAUCCAGGACACGGUAGGUUUAAAUGAAUAAAUAUCUGAUACGAGAUAAUGAUGUGCAAGAAGAAAAAGAAGUGCACUAUAGACAAAGGAUAACCACAGCAGACUUAAAAUGUAAAUAAUGUAACUACUUUAAUUUCUUUUUCCUCCUAAAAGUUAGAAGUUGUUUUUUAUUUUUUAAGUUCAAUGCUGGAGUGUAUUUACUGUGUUUUCAUUGAGAAGCUUCCAUAUAUAGUCUUUAUUAAGCAUACAAUGCAAAUGUGGGGGGAUGUUUGACAUUUACAGAACAUUAUUAAGGUGAAAACAACAGUAAGAUCAAAUUGACAGUAUGAGGAGUGACAAAAUAUGCAGGUUUGGAUCUCCCUGACCGGGUUAGUAUAAAGUAUGUGAGAGUUUAUCUUGUGUUAGAAGUGAGGAGGAUUUUUGUUCACUUCUUACAGCUGCACUGUUUGAGAUAAUUACAUCCAUUGUCUUUGUGUAAGUAAACCCAGCACAGGAACUAAUGGUGUGAAAAAUGUCAAAGUUUCAUGUCUCUGUUUGUGCUUAUGUGUUUGUGUACGUAUAGAUGACUAAAGCUGGCUCUCUGUUGGGUAUGUCCACCUCCUACAUCGUUCCAGUGAAGAACUACUCAUCAGAGCUGGAUGUUGAUGUGAACACUGACAUACUCCUGCUAAGCGCCGUCGACCACAUCUUGCAGUAUGCUGACCUGUAUUUCCAGGACAACACACCACAAUACACAGAGUUGGGAAAAUUGGACUAUUAAGCUUUUGGAAAAUGUUUGUCAAAAUAUUAAAAGGAAAGGCCUUCAAGAGGGAUCAAAUGAUUUCUGACUUUACUUACUCCCGCUUACAUUAAACUAUCAUAUUUUUUACAUUGUUGAAUUUUACAAACUUUUUGCUCAUUUCUAACGUAUAAAAUUCAGAGGGAAAUGGAUUUGCAAGUGUGUUUUUUCUUCAUGUAAACCAAAACCUUUCAGGUGAACUGAGUGGUCCCAGAAUGGCAUGCCCCAAUGUUUAAAGAAAGAUUAAGACAUUUAUUCCUUCACACAUGCUAAAACUUUUACCCUAUAAGUUAAAAUUAAAUUUAUAAGAGAUCAAGACUAUUUUUUUUUUUUUGCUAAGAGGGCAGUCUGCCCGUCACACAGGAUGGAAAAAAAAAAAACUCAAAUUGUGUGUGUGGACGGGUGGGGAUCUCUGAUAAAUUCGGGCUUGCAGGGUGGGUGGCGUUUUUUGCAGUUUGUAUUCUAAUUUGUUUUUUGUUUUUUUUAUUUUGUAUCCCAUGUGUACAUCACUUUUUGAUACAAGCCAUGUAUGAAAAGUGCUUUAUAAAUAAAGUGAUUGAUUGAUUGAUUGAUUGAUAUCCGAUCACAUAUCGGAUCGGUGCAUCCUUAUUAAACAUUGUGUUCACCCACGCUUAUCUUGGAAA